GCUGCUGCUGCUGCUGCUGCUGCCGGCAACAAAACUGGCUUUAGCCUUGUUCGCUCUUAUCAACGGCCGAUACUCAGUCACAGUUGAGCAUUCGAGCUGGAAUGUCGCUGAGUGCGAAACCUGCCCGCAUUGGUCCAGUUUUCUGGCUACUGUGCUGCGGCCUUUCGUUAGGUCUGAGUCAGCUAUGCGAGACGCAAGGCUGGCGCAGCUUCGAGUGCCGCGAGCUGAGCAGCCUGAAGGAUCUCAAAAACGUUCGAGACUUUCCCACAGACAACUUGCACAGGCUGAGCAUCAGGAAUGAGCGCACGGAGCUGAGCAUGGGCAUGGCUGCCAGCACGCUAAGCCUCUCUGGCUUGCUGGACUUGGAUCUGUCACAUGUGCCGCAGCUGCAGCUGGAGCGACGCGGCUUCUCCUGGCUGCCGCAACUGGAGCAGCUGAAUAUCAGCGGCUGCCGCUUGGAGCAGCUGUUGGCCACGCACUUUGCAGCCAACUCGUCGCUGCAGCUGCUCGACGCCAGCCACAAUGAGCUGCCCGCUCUGACAAAGGACCUCUUUGACAAGCUACGCAAAUUGAUUUAUGCAAAUUUCUCAGACAAUGCGCUGCAGCAACUCGAGCUGCCCCACAUGCCGCUGCUGCAGCAGCUGCAGCUGAGCCACAAUCAAUUGACAAAUAUAAGCCUCGGUCUUUGUCCCCAGCUGCAGCAGCUCAGCCUGAACGACAAUCAGCUGAGCCAGCUUAAUGCAACAAGCUUCAGAGGAGUAGCCGGACUGUUGGAGCUGCAGCUGGCUGAGAAUGCUCUGAAGACCAUUGGCAGGGACACCUUUCAGCCCUUGGCUAAGCUGCGUGCCUUGAAUCUUUCGCACAAUGAGCUGGAUGCACUGCGUCCACAGGUCUUCGGCUCUGCUGGGGUUGCGCUGCAGCAACUCGAUUUAUCCGGCAACAACAUACGUCUGCUCUUUGACAACCAGUUCCGACAGCUGGACAGACUUCAGCUGCUGGACAUAUCGCACAAUAGCAUCGCCAGCCUGAGUGCUGGUCACUUUGCGGGUCUGCGCUCGUUGCGCAAGCUACAUUUGCAGUCCAACGAUAUCAUCGAGAUCAAGCCUGACACCUUUGCAGCGCUCGAGGAUCUGGACACACUCGACCUGUCGCACAACAAUAUUGAGUACCUGCACGAGCAGGUGUUCGGCAGUCGAACUCUGUCGCGUAUGCGUAAACUGAAUCUGAAUGCCAACAGUUUGAAGCGUUUGCAUGCGCUGGCCUUCUCCUCGCUGCCCUUUGUGGAGUAUCUGUCGCUGGGCAACAACGAACUCUCUAGCCUGGAUGUGCGCAUGUUUGCACCCAUGCGCCGUCUGCAGAAACUGCAUUUGGGAAACAACGAGCUCACCCAGAUUAGCUCUGUUGUGCUGGACAGCCUGAGCAGCGUUUCCGAUUUGCUCAUCGACAACAACAAGCUAACGUUUCUGCCGGAUCUGAAUGGCACGCUUACCAAUCUGAAGCGUGUGGCCAUCGAGGGCAAUCCUUGGCAGUGCGCCUGCUUCACACAGCUGGAACGUUGGCUGCUGUCCAAUCACGUGACCUAUCUGCGGGAGGGCACCGGCUUCUACGACGGCGAGAAACCCCUCUGCGUAGUCACAGCAUUUGAAUACUGUGUGCAGACGUUGCAGGAGGAUCGCCACCAAGACGUCGUGGAUGAGUUCGAGGAGCGACUGAAAGACGGACGCGCGUUAGACGUUAGAUCAGAUGAAGACUGAUAAGUGUGUGUAAUUA